GGCAAGUGAAGAUAACUACUCAUCGUUAUUCAACAUUGGCAGUUAACUGCUACUCCUACACGCCCCCCAAAUUUCAAUUAUCGCAUUUUCCAAACUGCAGAUUCUAUUCUUCUUCGCUAAUUUCUCAAUUUCUAGUUUUCCAAUCAAAUCCAUGGUAAAACUAGUCAAACAAUCGCGAUGAACUAUUAGAAUUUAGGGGUUAGGAUCUCCAAAUUACUGCUCGAUCAUCUCUGCAAUUAUGACGAUUCUGCUGAAGAAGAGAGUUCACUUCCUGCUGUUUGUCAUUGGCGUCAUUGCUCUCAGCAUCACUGCUGAAAAAUGUAGGCAGUGGGUUGGUGAAGAAGCUGCAUCAAAAAGUGGGCAGUUUACUUUCUUAAAUUGUUUUGAUGGAAGUUCUGGAACCGUAGCAUGUGCAGUUAAAGAGGGUGUAAAACUUUAUUUCUAUAAUAUCCGGUCUCACCAAGUGGAAAAUAGAAGGAAUGAAGCAAUUGAGGCUGCUCUGGCUGAUGCAGUUACACAAGGCAUGGCUGCAAAAGAUGCGGCUAAAGUAGCCCAGAAAGAAGGAGCAAAGGCAGCAAAACUGGCAACAAGAAAAGCUAAGCGUAUCAUUGGCCCAAUUAUUUCUUCUGGGUGGGAUUUUUUUGAAGCAGUGUACUAUGGGGGUACAGUAACAGAGGGUUUCCUUCGAGGCACAGGUACCUUGUUUGGCACAUAUUAUUUUGGUUUUAUUGGAGAGGAAAGGUUUGGGAGGUUUGGUUACUUAGUUGGAAGUCAUCUGGGCAGUUGGGUGGGUGGAAGGAUUGGGCUGAUGGUGUAUGAUGUGGUCAAUGGAAUUCAUUACAUGAUGCAGUUCCAACAGGCAGAUACCCAAGGUUAUGAAGAUUCUUCAAAAGAUAAAUUUUUUCAACCUGAUGAUGAAAAAUCCAUUGAGGCCGAAGAUUCCUAUAUGCAAGGAUCAACAUUCGGUGGUGUCUCCGAUGAGCCUAAUAAUAUUGAGACUCCUGCUGAUGAGCCCAGUAACGAUGAGUCCCCUGUGGAUGAGAACUUUGAUUCAACAUGGGGUUCUAGUUCCGAGGAGUACAGCAACUCUGAGACCUCUGAAGAGAUGAGCUUUGAUGCCCAUGAAGAAUUCUAAUCAGGUCAAAUGAAGUCAUUUACUUGAAUGCUUUAUGAAAUACAAAUCAUGAGAUAGAUGUUGUAAAUUUAUUAUGGCAGCUUAUUCUGUACCAGUACUUCCGUUCUUGUUUCUUUUAGUUUAGAUUAUGAAAUUGUCUUAUACGUAGUUAAUUUUCCUUGAGGCUGUUUAUGAACACAUAUUCAUAAAAAACUAAAGAGUUUCAAUAGUCUUUGAGCUCAUCUUUGUCUGAA